GGCAUAAUUUUGGUCGCCUCCAAGAUUUUGACACGAGGAAGAGCGUUUUCCGCCUAAGGCGGGGUCACCGUCUCUGUUGGCAAAGUUUGGCUGUUGAGACUGAAAGCGGUCGGCAAGAUCAACAUAAGUACAUCGAGUAUAAAUCAAGAUCGUCCGUUUUCUAUCGCCUGCAGCCGUGUGAGCGUACAGUGUGCUGACGUGAUCUGACUGCAGUCAUGUCCGAGGACCAGAGCUCUCAACCUUGGUCUAUCGACAAGGAUGACUAUGAGCUACAGGAGGUGAUCGGGAGUGGAGCAACAGCUGUGGUCCAGGCAGCAUAUUGUAAACCCAGGAAGGAGAAGGUGGCCAUUAAACGCAUCAAUCUUGAGAAAUGCCAGACCAGCAUGGAUGAGCUCCUGAAAGAGAUCCAGGCAAUGAGCCAGUGCCAUCACCCAAAUAUUGUGUCUUAUUACACCUCCUUCGUGGUCAAGGAUGAGCUUUGGCUGGUCAUGAAGUUGCUCAGUGGUGGCUCGGUUCUUGAUUUUAUUAAGUACAUCAUUUCCAAAGGGGAGCACAAAUCGGGUGUCAUGGAUGAGUCCAGCAUUGCCACCAUACUAAAAGAGGUGCUAGAAGGUCUCGAUUAUCUGCACAAAAAUGGUCAGAUUCACAGAGAUGUGAAGGCUGGAAAUAUUCUUUUAGGAGAGGAUGGCUCUGUUCAAAUUGCAGACUUUGGUGUUAGUGCCUUUUUAGCAACUGGUGGAGACAUGACUAGAAACAAAGUGAGGAAGACAUUUGUAGGAACUCCAUGCUGGAUGGCUCCUGAGGUGAUGGAGCAGGUUAGGGGUUAUGAUUUCAAAGCUGAUAUCUGGAGUUUCGGGAUUACAGCUAUUGAGCUGGCAACCGGGGCUGCUCCAUAUCACAAAUAUCCUCCAAUGAAGGUUCUCAUGUUAACCCUGCAGAAUGACCCUCCGUGUCUAGAAACUGGAGUUACAGAUAAAGAGAUGGUUAAAAAGUAUGGUAAAUCCUUUCGGAAGAUGAUCUCCUUGUGCCUCCAGAAGGAUCCAGAAAAACGGCCUACAGCUGCUGAACUUUUAAAACACAAGUUCUUCACAAAAGCCAAGAACAAUGAAUACUUGAAAGAAAAAUUGCUGGAGAGGGCGCCAACAAUAGGAGAGAGAUCAAGGAAGGUGCGGAGGGUUCCGGGUUCCAGCGGUCGGCUCCAUAAGACUGAGGAUGGAGAGUGGGAAUGGAGUGAUGAUGAGCUGGAUAUGGAGAGUGAGGAAGGAAAGGCAGCAGUGGCUGCUUUACGGUCACCAAGAGUAAAGGAGGAGGCUGUGCAAAAUGCAGAGAUCUUUCCAACGGAUCCAUUAAGCUUCCUGCAGCCAGUCACUGCAGGACAGUCUGAAGUGCCACAUGCUGCAGAUGACACUGCCACAAUAUCAGCGUCCUCUCAAGGCUCCCAGGCUGUUGGUGGACCUACUAUGACAGGGCAGGACUCAGCCAAAACCCCCAUCAGCCUGGUCCUAAGAUUAAGGAAUACAAAGAAAGAGCUAAACGAUAUCAGAUUUGAGUUCAUGCCGGGGAGAGACACAGCCGAUGGAGUGUCUCAGGAGCUUGUGUCUGCAGGACUGGUGGAUGGAAGAGAUUUAGUUAUUGUUGCAGCCAAUUUGCAGAAAAUCGUUGAUGAUCCACAAACCAACAAAAAUGUCACUUUCAAGCUGGCAUCGGGAGUGGACAGCUCUGAAAUUCCAGAUGACGUUAAACUCAUGGGAUUUGCUCAGCUGAGUAUAAGUUAAAACAAAGUAUUACCAGCAACCGGGAAAAAAACAGACUUGUUUGCACAACAGUGCAUUGUAAAUGCUUUCAUUGGCCUAAAGAAACCACUACUGCCAAAGAGACAGAAGGAAUCUGACACCACAUAGGAUUAACAAAUGUUGAAUAGGACUGCAUCCGAGUUCUUCAUACGAGCGCACCUCAGAUGUUUACAGUAUUCAUGUAUGUUUUGUUUUUUUCUGUUGCUUUAAACAUUUGCACAAUCUGAACCAACUCCUAAUACUGGUAGAUGUCAAAAAGAAGAAUGCCUUACUUUCGAUAGUACUACUGAAUUUACAACUGUAGGUAAACAGUAGCUGUGGAUCUCAUCUGUGAAACGAAUGAGUGACUGUGUGUGCUUUCAGCUGUGUACCUCAAUGGAGGAUAGAGGGGAGGAUUGUCAUUCGAUAGCAUUUAAGGGUGCAUGUUGGACCGCCUAUAAAAAGUCAGCUGUUCAGUACAAUGCAAUGUGGUCCGUCAUUUUGGAGCGAUCUACAUUGUACGGUUUUACACAUUAACCAGUAAACAUGGGAGCCACGUCACCCACAACUCAUGAUGCUUCACUGUUACACCUGUGCACUGCACCUCACAGUUACACAUUUCAGCUGCUCUCUCACUAUCGGGAUACAUUCCCAUCGUUUUGCAUGGGCUAAUGCCAGACUGCAUGAAUGAUUUUUGACUUAAGAUAUGCUGAUCAUUUUGCUCUCAUUUGACUUUGUUGAAUGGGCUUUCCAUGAAAACAGAAGUUGCAAGAGAGAUGAGAUGAGCUUUUUAAAAAAACAUGAACAAGAAUUUGAGAGUUUUUCAUCAAAUUGAUCUAUUUCCUAAUAUGCUGUUCUUUCAGAAAACAAUUGCAUUUGGCUUUAUAUUGGAAAAGGGUAUAUGCAAUUUUAUGGAUUGAGCAUAAUGUUGCAAGUUACAUUUACAUGCAUAUCUAUUAAGUAUAGUGGCAGCUGUUUGGAUAGUGUUACAGAACUAGAUUUAUAAAAUUUUGAAGGAAAUACCAGUGCUUGCAAGGCAGCAAAAGAAUAGCAUUAACAUUUUUGGUAAAAUCAAAUCAUCGCUGGCAGUUAAAUUUUGAUUUCUCAGUAUUGUACUGUUCAAUGGGCGGUUUUAAACUAAAUUUGAAAUUUCUUAAGCUAUAAACUUUAUAGAAAUCUAAAUGCACAGCAAACCUGAAAUGAAAUGCUAAUCAAAGUCGGAAUGGAGUCUGUACAUGGAACUGAAUUGCACAUAUAUAUAUAUAAUGUGUGUGUGUGUGACUUUCAAUACAUUGCUGGCCUUGCAAGCACUGUUGAUGAAGUGAAAACCAGUGAAGCCAGCAAAAAACUAAAGAGAAGUGACUUUAGGACCCAUGCGGUGUCCAAGUGAUAUUGGCAGUAGAAUUUGUGGGUCUAUAUUGGUGUGUCUGUAAAUAUUUAAGUCCAUUACAUUUGCUUAAUAUCAUUUGUCUCAGCUGUAGACUGAUGUCUGAUUCCAUGUAUAUAUAGGCAGAAAAUGUGUUCACAUGCAACUGGUAUUUUAUUGUUUUUGCUCACCCUUUACUGGGUUUAUUAUUAUUAAUUUUAGUGAGGUUUUUCACUCCACCUCAUUUCAUUUUUUUAUUUUUUUCCAGUUAAUUUCCCUCCUUGGCUUCCAACAAACAGUUAAUUUAAAGGUGGUUUUAAAACCGAUUAAUUGUAGACAUGGUCAGUGAUUCAUUCGCUGUCACUUUCGCACUUGUGUGUAUGUGCAAAUGACUUGAAUUAUUAUUAUUUUUUAAAUAUAUUUAGUGUGAAUACAACAAUGAAUGUGGGUGGGGCAUCUUAAUGAGUACUUGAUAAAAAAAAAAAAAAACAUGUAAAUAAUGAAAUUGGUGUUGUUUAUAUAUAAUAUAAACAGUAUACAUACCGUUCACAGUUGGCCUUUCUAUGGACUCGACGUGGUGGUUUGUCUCAUGUCUUUUUUUUUGUUGUCUUCUCUCUGUUCGUAGUCAAAAAAACGCAACACUUCGCUCAAAGGGUUUCAUUACUGAAAAUGUCACCCAUAAAAGAUUACAUUAGCAUGACUUGAGUGUUUUUUUUUUUUAUGUUCUGAGUUCUACUUUGUCAACAAUGGCGGUCUAUUUUUGUUUUCCUGCAUUUCGGUUUCUGCCUUGCUGUCUUUGUUUGGUCGUCAUUGUUGGACUGGUUGGUGGGAUUCUUAAAAAGAAUGCUUGUGGUAUGUGAGUUUUGUGUGUUUGUAUGUUUAAAUGGGUAACAACUCAUUACAAUGGCAUGCCACCUUACUGUAAUCAUUGUAAUUUUAUUUUUUAGAUAUCUCAGAGACCUUAAUUAGACUGUCAAGUCAAAGCCUGAACGCAAUGAUUUCAUUUAUUUGACUGUCAAAAAUGCUGUUGAUUCUCUAAAGCCUCAACAACAGUCUCAACUAUUUUCCCUUUUUUCUUUGUAAGAUACAUCCUUGACUCAUUUUCUUUUUCUUCAGUGAUAGUGAUAUGAAGUAUUUAUUUUCACGUGUGCACAAGUGGUUGGCCCUUUCCUGGAGUUCAUCGGAAGUAAUUCAUCUGAGCACUUUGAAAAUCGAAAGCAUAUUCUGGUUUCUCAUUUGUAUGAAUUCUUAAAGAUAAUUAAAUCAGCUGAUUUUUCUUCAGAUUGACACAUCAGAUCUUGUUGAUCUCUCCAUGCUUCUGUUUUUCUCUCUGGUGAUGUUUCUGUGUUGAGGUGAGUUGUCUAAGGUCAUUCCAUCAGUCUGGAGGGCUGCUGUAUUUUCACACCAAGCACAUGUAUGCAGGUCUCAAAGAGUUUCAAAGAGGGAUUAGCUCCAUUUUAGUGGAAUAUUUAAGUGUUUCCAAUUAAAAAAAUUUAGUGUCUUUUCAAUUGUUUUUCAUGUUUUUAUCUCAUUGAACUGCAAGGAUUGAACUUUCACGACACAACAGCAAUGGAGGUAUUACUGUCACUCACAGUAUGGUGUGUUAAGGACAAUGGUAGAACACUGUAUAGUAUUUCACUUUUUGGGAUUUUCAGUGCAUGUGUACCCAAUUAUUUUUAAUAAUAAUCAAUAAAGAAUGAAACUGA